AUGUUUCCCCAAAUUUGGACCCGGUCGUUUUAUCUCCCAGACUUGUGGUUACCCCUCCUUUACCUCGUCGUUUCUACAUCCCCAGACUACUGGCUAACCUCCCUUCACUGGCCAUUUCUAACUCCCCACACUUUUAGGGUCUUGUACCUCGUCGUUUCUACCUCCCCAGACUACUGGCUAACCCUGCCUUUAUCCGGUACUUCUGGCUACCCCCUCCCUUUACCUCGUCGUUUCUACCUCCCCAGACUUCUGGCUACCCCUCCCUUCACCCGGUCAUUUCUACCACCCCAGACUUCUGGCAACCCCUCCCUUUACCUCGUCGUUUCUACCUCCCCAGACUUCUGGCUACCCCUCCCUUCACCCGGUCAUUUCUACCUCCCCAGACUUCUGGCUACCCCUCCCUUCACCUGGUCGUUUCUACCUCCCCAGACUACUGGCUACCCCUCCCUUCACCUGGUCAUUUCUACCUCCCUAGACUUCUGGCUACCCCUCCCUUACCUCGUCGUUUCUACAUCCCCAGACUGGCUACCCCUCCCUUCACCCGGUCAUUUCUACCUCCCCAGACUUUCUACCCCUCCCUUUACCUCGUCGUUUCUACCUCCCCCAGACUACUGGCUACCCCUCCCUUCACCCGGUCAUUUCUACCUCCCCAGACUACUGGCUACCCCUCCCUUUACCUCGUCGUUCCUACCUCCCCAGACUUCUGGCUACCCCUCCCUUCACCCCCUUCACCCGGUCAUUUCUACCUCCCAGACUUCUGGCUACCCCUCCCUUUACCUGGUCGUUUCUACAUCCCCAGACUUCUGGCUACCCCUCCCUUCACCUGGUCAUUUCUACCUCCCCAGACUUCUGGCUACCCCUCCCUUUACCUCGUCGUUUCUACCUCCCAGACUUCUGGCUACCCCUCCCUUCACCCGGUCAUUUCUACCUCCCCAGACUUCUGGCUACCCCUCCUUCACCUGGUCGUUUCUACAUCCCCAGACUACUGGCUACCCCUCCCUUCACCCGGCUCAUUUCUACCUCCCUAGACUUCUGGCGACCCCUCCCUUUACCUGGUCGUUUCUACCUCCCCAGACUACUGGCUACCCCUCCCUUCACCCGGUCAUUUCUACCUCCCCAGACUUCUGGCUACCCCUCCCUUUACCUCGUCGUUUCUACCUCCCCAGACUUCUGGCUACCCCUCCCUUCACCCGGUCAUUUCUACCUCCCCAGACUUCUGGCUACCCCUCGCUUUACCUCGUCGUUUCUACCUCCCCAGACUUCUGGCUACCCCUCCCUUCACCCGGUCAUUUCUACCUCCCCAGACUUCUGGCUGCCCCUCCCUUUACCUCGUCGUUUCUACCUCCUCAGACUACUGGCUACCCCUCCCUUCACCCGGUCAUUUCUACCUCCCUAGACUUCUGGCUACCCCUCCCUUUACCUGGUCGUUUCUACAUCCCCAGACUUCUGGCUACCCCUCCCUUCACCUGGUCAUUUCUACAUCCCCAGACUACUGGCUACCCCUCCCUUCACCCGGUCGUUUCUAUAUCCCCAGACUUCUGGCUACCCCUCCCUUUACCUCGUCGUUUCUACCUCCCAAGACUACUGGCUACCCCUCCCUUCACCCGGUCAUUUCUACCUCCCCAGACUUCUGGCUACCCCUCCCUUCACCCGGUCGUUUUCACCUCCCCAGACUUCUGGCUACCCCUCCCUUUACCUGGUCGUUUCUAUCUCUUCAAAUUUCUUGCUACCUCUUCCUUCAACCGCAUGUUUGAGCCAUCUCCGUAA